AUGCCGCCAUUCUGGACAAUCGGUUGCAUCUACGGCGCAUCUGCCGUGACGCUUGGAGCGUUUGGUGCGCAUGGAUUGAAGAAGAGGAUUGCUGACCCAGCGAAACUCGCAAACUGGGGAACAGCUGCUCAAUACCAGCUAAUCCACUCCGGCAUCCUCCUCGUCGCAACGACCGCUGCGCCGAAAAAUACACUUGCAGCAUCCCUCUUCGUAGCAGGCAUGACGAUGUUCAGCGGCAGUAUAUAUCUUCUUACGCUUGAUCCGCAGAGGUUUAAGGCUCUGGGACCGGUGACGCCAUUGGGUGGACUGUGUUUGAUUGGGGGUUGGGCGGCGCUGGCGUUUGGGAAGAGGUUGCCGAUUCCGAGGGUGUGA